AUGUCAUCAAUCCAAGAUGAUUUCCAAUCAUGGCUCCCAAACACCACUUCCAACUUCAAUCCCACCACCUCCUCCUCCUCCGACUCCCCAUCCUUAUCCUCAUUGAGCCACGAACUCGAUACGCUCUCCGGCGACCAGAGCUUCGACAACAUUAAAUUCCACUCCACCGUCUCCUCCUCCUCCCGAAAACCGCCGCCUUUCACCGUCAGCUCCGUCAAAACCGACACCUCCCAAAUCAGCUUCCUUGCCGCCCGCGGCCCCAUCCUCUACGCGGCCACCACCCGGGAAGUUUCCCUCUACGACCCCCGAACCCUAACCCUCGUCGGGUCCCUCGGCCCUUCUUCGGCUCUCGCCAGGUCCAUCGCCUUUGGCCGCCGCCACCGCAUAUUCACCGCGCACCUUGACCGCAAAAUCCGCGUAUGGCGGCGGUCUACCGCCGACCACCGUCGCCACCGUCUCGUUUCCACCCUCCCCACUCUCCAAGACCGCAUUUUCCGGUGCCUUAUUCCGGGGAGCUACGUUCAGGUCCGGCGGCACGAGCGGCGGCUAUGGGUCGAGCACGCGGACGCCGUCUCAUCCCUAGCCGUGGACGACUCAUCAGGUCUCGUCUACUCCGCCUCGUGGGACCGGAGCUUCAAGACUUGGGAUGGUUUGCGUUGCGUGGGGACAGUGCGAGCCCACGUGGACGCGGUCAACACGGUCGUGGUGGGCCCGGCGGGCCGGACGGUUUACACGGGCUCGGCAGACGGGCAGAUACGGGUGUGGUCGGCGGUGGGGAAACGACACCACCGGCUAGUGGCGACGUUGGAAAAACAUGAGUCGAGUGUGAACGCGUUGACUCUCACGGGGGACGGGUCGGGGUUUUGCUCGGGCGGAGGGGACGGGUUGAUUAUCGUUUGGGAGAGGGAAAACGAACACGACGACGAGGACACGUGUGAGUUUUUCGUGGCGUGUUGGUUGAAAGGUCAUAAAGGGGCGGUGUUGUGUUUGGCGCAGGCGAAGGGGGUGUUGAUAAGCGGGUCGUCGGAUCGAACGGUGCGGGUAUGGGGGAUCCGGCCGGGAGGGUACAAGGGCUGUUUGGUAAUUUUGGAAGGGCACGUGAAGCCCGUGAAGUCAUUGGUUGCGGUUCCAGACGAUGAAGAGGACAUGAAUUUGGAUGAGGGUUUGUCGGUAUACAGUGGGAGUUUGGAUGGGGAAAUUAGGGCAUGGAAAAUUAGUACUAUUAGUUCACUGAUUGGCUGUGAUUGA